CUCUGAUUGGGCUUUGGGCGAGUCACGUGGCGCGGCGGCUCUUUCCCGCCUGCAGCCGCUCGCUCGCUCGCAGAACGUACAUGGAAUUUACUGCUUCUGUCAGGUUGAGAUUGCCAUUAUUUCUUGAUCAAAUUAAUGUCAAAGCAGUAUUCAAGUGGCAGUAUCUUUGAUUAAAAGAAGUAAUUAUGCACCGAAGACAGAAAAGUUCAAAUAUUGGACUACUACUGCUACUUUCUCAGAUUUUCCAAGUUGGAGUUUCUAACAUUCCACCUGUGACACUUGCCGCUUUGGCAGCAAACGUUUUUCUCUUUUUACAACCCAUGAAACGACUGGACAAAACAUGCAUCAGUGUCACCGAGUGUCUUUACAGAAGAGAUUGGCAUCGUUUGUAUCUUUCACCAUUUCACCAUGCGGAUGAUUGGCAUCUAUAUUUUAAUAUGGUCUCCCUGCUUUGGAAAGGAAUUAAGUUGGAGAGGAGGCUUGGAAGUUUUUGGUUUGGAUAUAUCAUUACAAUAUUUUCUCUGCUAAUUGGAGUUGUGUACAUGCUUCUGGAACUUGCUCUUGCAGAACUUCUGGAUGUUCCUUCAUACAAACAGAGUUGUGCUGUUGGCUUUUCAGGAGUAUUAUUUGCUUUGAAAGUUCUUAACAACUACUAUCACCCAGGUGGAUCAAGCAACGUCAUGGGAUUUAUUAUAUCCAAUAAAUAUGCUUGUUGGUUGGAACUUGUAGCAAUUCACUUACUGAACCCAGGGACCUCUUUUGCAGGGCAUCUGGCAGGUAUUCUUGUUGGGCUAAUGUACACCAUGGGACCUCUGAAGAUGCUCAUGAAAGCAUGCUCAGGUGGCUUUCGCUCUCAAACUGACUUUUCAGAACAAAGAAACAGAUACAAUUCAGAGAAUUUUAGAUACCCAGGUUACCCAUCACACUCAUCGAGAGAUUACAGCAUGUAUACUGGCGGACUGAAUGAAGAAGAACAGGUUGAAAGGGCCCUCAGAAAUAGUCUGAAUGAUAGAGAAAUAAAUUGUUGGCAACCAGGAAGAAAACAUCCUAGACAGAAAGCAGUCUAUUUACAGGCCCAAGACAUUACAGCAAUGAGAGGAGACCCUACGGCUUCUGGCUUCCACCGGAAGAGCCAUCAGUUGAGGAACUUAGAAGGCAAAGACUUAAUCGAUUUGAGAGGUGGUAAAAUUCUCAGGUUUUUAAAAUAUAUAUAAAGGGCUCUUCCCAGUCGCCAGAUCACUGUCCGAUCUUUAUCAGUUUAGCAGUUUCUCAGAAAAUAAUGUUUCCUGCAAAUUAUCGUACCAAGGUGUGUGGAAAAUGUGCACUUGCUUUGCCUCUGGACUUCCAAAGUUAAAAGUGAAGUUGAAAAAGUUUCUUUAAACCCUUACAUCCUGCAAGGAACUUCCUUUUGGGGUUACAUUCAAAGACACUGCAGACAAAACCAAAGGGGAUUUCUCACGCCACAAAACUCACUUCUUAAAUUAUAUUGUAUUUGGGUUUAUUUUCUUUAACUCUGAUAAUCAUUUGCUUGUGUUUUGAAUAUAUACUGUGUGGAUGCAAAUGUAUAAUGAAAAUGUUUAUUUUCUAUUUGGAAUCCUUAAAAAAAAAUCUGAGUACAAUUGACUUGGAAUAUCUGUGCAAGCACAACUGAAAUGAAAGGAAAGAGAGAUGUGCAGGAACUAUACAUGGGCAGUACCCAUUCACUUGAGUGAGAUGGGCUUGUGGCACGCUUUUCAUUGUUGGAUAAUGCUGAGUCUUGCUUUACAUUGAGCUCACUAUGGAAGCUUCUGCCAGCUGCUUCUCUGCACAGAAUUUACGUCUCAAAUGCUCUGGAACAGAAUUUGAUGUGCCUCAGAAAAGUUCAAGAUACAGUUUAGGGCUUCUAGAUAACAGCUUUUAUUUGGCUAGGAUAUGCCCUCUUUAGAUCUGCUGAUUGGUUAAACCCAUCCAUAUUGUUUUCAGUAUAAUUUAAGAACUAAACAUUAUGGUGUGUAAAAAGAAGCUCCUGGCAGCCGUUCUGCAGUGCCUUUGGGCACAAUUGUGUGCUAGUGAUGUAUCUUUUUUAGGUAAUAAAGUGACACUCAGUGUAUAAAUAUAUUAAUGUAGUAACACUUAAAUCUUUUUGUACACGAGAGGCCUGAACUUUGUAUAUUUUUCAAAGCCCAAGUAGGAGAACUUUCGUUGCCUUCAAUCUUUUCAGUAUUAUUCAUAGCAUAUUUAGAUUCAUGCUGUAAGUUUUGAUUUAUUUGUAUGUUCGAAUGUGAGUUUACAUACUGACUGGGUUCUGUGCUUUUGAAGCAUUGACACAACUACCUCUCCAAGGAGUUUUGUCCAGGAUCUCCCUCUCCCUUUCUAUUCCUCCCUGCCCCCCAUAUGCACAUCAUAAGUAACAUCUGGAUGUUAAUGUAGCAGAAAUAUUGAUGAUGUAAUCUGUUUGUUUUCUGGAUUUCAUCAGCAGAUCCUCAGUUUAAAAAUAUGAAAACAUUUGAGAUGCACAGGAUAUUGUUUGGAUAGGCUUCAGUUUUGCAUCUGUAAUUUCCUUUAUCAGUGUUGUCCCAAGAGAACCAAAAUACAAAAUGGUUUUUUGUCUUGCCAACUGCUGAGAGCUCUAAAUUUGGGAGAGGUUUCAGGAAUACAGUAAUGGCACUACAUAAAAAUCUCUUUGGUCUCUGAUGAUUUUGUAGGUCUUUUAUAUUCAGAACUACUGAUCCUGUACAUAAUUGAGUACUGGUUUUCAUCUGCAAUCUAUACUGCAAGUGCAGCAAAUGUUGUGCUUGAAUUUUUAUUUUAAGAUCUAGCUAGCAUUUGUGCUGUUACAUUUUUGUCCUUCAGGAAAAUCCUGUGACCACCUAUGCUAACCUUCUUUUGGUUAAGACUUGCAUUUGGGGAAAGACUUGCAUUGCUGCCAAAGGGAGCUUACUUCUAAGUGGAAAUAGCUUCAGAGGAGCAAUAUUCAUCAGGACCACAACAGGAAAGUCCAGGAUAAUUACUUGUAAAGGUGCAUUUACCUUUGUGGUCACUGAAUUUGCCAUUACAUUUAGUCAACUAAUUUUCAAUUUUCAAACAGUAAUACUUGAACCGAAUCAAGUACUACUCAUUUAAGAACAUAAGAAUAGCCUGCUGGAUCAGGCUAAUGGCCCGUCUAGUCCAGCAUCCUGUUCUCACAGUGGCCAACCAGAUGCCUAGGAAAAACUUUGGUUUCCAGCAACUGGUAUUCAGAAGCAUUCUUCUCCUUGAAUGCUCUUCUCCAUGAAUUUGUCUAAUCUUUUAGAGCCAUCUAAGUUGGUGAUUAUCACUGCCUCCUGUUUACUUAUUGUAAACUUCUGCAAAUGUUGCUGAUGAAGACGCCCUCGACUUUUAAAUUAUUAUUUUUAAAGCAAAUCUUCACAAGCUCCUGGAAAUCAUUUUGGUUAAUCUCUUUUGAGGAAUUGUGUUAGAAGAGGUGAGAUUGAACAUUCCUGUUCAUUACAUGUUUUGUCACUGGUAAUUAUGGUUUGUGAAUUAACAAGCAAUCUUGUGAUUUUUUAAAAGAAUAAAAUAUAUAUAUUUCACACUUCA